GAUCUUCGGCCACACGCCCCACGCAGCAUCAGCACCAGCGCAUCCUUUCUUUUCCUGAAGACGCGGUGAAAAGGACGAGGCCUUCGUGAGGACACAAACAAACAAACAAACAAUCAGAGAAACAAACAAGCACUCGUGGAUGUUGUUGUCGUCCCGAGGUCGGUCCUCGUGGUUCGUUAUGUCUGUGAGUUUCCUGUCGUCAUGGCCGCUACUGAACGCUGCUGCCUGCCGCCGCCGCUGCUCCUUCUCCUGUCGUCGCUGCUUCUGAUCUCCUGCCUGGAUGAGGCAGUGAGGGCGGCGGAGGGCGGCGGCCUGCCCUCCUCUGCGCCCGGGGACAAUGGAGUCCUCGCGGCGGUCACGGAACCGACCUUCCCGGGACGAUUCCCCAGCGCGUCGGCUUUGAUAGAAGAUUCCCACUUUGUUCUGAAAGUCCUGGUGAGGGAUCUGGUGACCCGUCAGCCGCUGCCGGGCGCGUCGGUGGACGUUUACAUGAACCACACACUCAGGAGUUCGGUCCGAACGGGGUCCAAAGGCGAGGUUCUGCUCUGGGUGGCGUACAGUCCGGGCCUCAGUCUGACCCUGCUGGGCAACAUGGAAGGCUACGUGCCCAGUCCGCUGCCCUGGAGCGCCACCAAACGGCCAAUUUUCUCCGCGGUGACGUUGCUGCUGCUCCCUCACAGUCAGGGCAACGUGUGGCUGUUUGACGACUCGGUGUUCAUCACCAGGAAGCUCCCGGACAGUUCAUUGCAGCCGAAGGUCAAAUUCCCCAAGAACCUUCUCGCCAUUUCGGAGAAGAGCAACAUCUCCUCAGUGACGGCAUACCUGACUGUGCCGCGGCACCAUCUAGCGAAAGACUGUGCCAACUGCACUCAAGGAAUCGUCAGCAACAAAUCAGCUUUCAGGAGCGUGGAGCUGAAGGCGGUGGCCGCCGCGUGCGUCCUGCUGUACUCGGGUGACGAGGAGCUGCGGGUGCGAGGUCCCAUUCAAAUCAGCCUUCCUCUGGGACGCGACACCCACCUACGCGCCUCCGAUACCGUACCAGCCUGGGCCUUCAACCCCAACACCGGCGCCUGGGAGAACCAGGGCCUCGGAGUAGUGAGAAAUGUGGGCGAUGAACUGGUCUGGACGUACACCGCUUCCCAUCUGGGCUUCUGGAUCGCUGCGCCGUUGCCCCCUUUCAAUGAUUACCCGGGACGCGGAAGCGCAACGGAUUUCCUGGCGUACCACACGUACCCGCUCAUAGGAGUCCUGGGAGGAACGCUGGUGGUGGUCGUCGGGUGCCUGUCCGUGCUGCUGUGUCACUGCGGUGGUUCUCAUCGGGAACGCGGGGGGAGGAGGAGGAGGAGGACGAGGAGAGAGUGCUUUUCCAAACUCACAGUUAUGAAAAAAGACCAAACCACGUCCACCCACAUGGAGGAGGGCUUGUUGUUCCAAUCGGGUGAAAACAGUCUCGCUUCCUGCAGUGUCCAGUGCGAGCCGCUGUCCACGCCAAGGCACAAAGCCAACUACAACAUCUACGUGGAAGAACCGGGAAGUCGCACCGCGGCUCCUCUGUACGAGAACAUCUCUUCGGAUCGCAUCAAAGGCCUCCAGCCGCCGCCUCGCUACGUUAACAGUGACGAGGCCGAGCGGAACCGGGCCAACGUGAACGCCGACAGCUUCUUUCAAGAUAAGCUGGUUCACAUCUAUAACCAACCAGUGGCCAUUAUUCAGGCUCCGGAGCUUUUCAGUGCUCAGGAGCAGCAAUUGUCAGGCUGCAAGUCUGCCACUUUCCCACGCAACGGGUUGGAGUACGAGGCUCACUCUGAGCCGGCAAGUAAAGACAGCUACACCCAGACGUUGCCCAAAGUCCCUCACCACCACUCCCAAGGUGCAAGCGGCGCGCAGCAAACCGACCGAGACGGUCCGCAGCCUCUCGAGACUCCUCCCCAAGGACAAGGUGUAAACCCUGGUGUGUGGGGACGCUACAGUAACCUCCUGGAGUCCUCCGUCUCUGUGCCCGGGACUUUAAAUGAGGCGGCUGGCGUGGAGGCCUUCGGCGGCGGACACGUGCCCGGCGAGCUGCAGGGGAUUUCGGAGCGCACGCUACUCGAGCUGACCCGGGGAAAGUCCUCGUCGUCUCACUCCAGGGCCUGGUUUGUCUCCUUGGAAGGGAAGCCGGCCGCACAGGUUCGCCAUUCCAUCAUCGAACUCCAAAGCCGCCACCGCCCGCCGAGCAGCAACGACACCAGCCUGGACUCGGGGGUGGACAUGAACGAGCCUCAGCAGAGCAUCCGCGAGACGGAGCGCGACAGGCCGUCGGUCAGGGCCGCCUUGCAUCACCACAGCCGCGGGGGGAGAUGCGGCGAGGAGCAGGACCUGAGCAGCAGCGAGAGCGGCACCACCGCUACCUGCACGCCGGAGGACCCUUCGCUGAGGAACAUUUUAGACGGAAGCAGCGGAGCUAUUCCCAAUAUUCCCGAGGAGCGAGACGGGAUGGACACGUCCAGCGCACAGGAGGACAGCGAGUCGAGAGGUACGCCGCCUCCGCGCCGCCUGAGGAAGGUGAGGGAGAAGGGUAAGACUGAAAAGAGGAGUGCCAGGCACGUCCGAGAGGGGAGACCUCUGACCAAGCAAAGUUAGAGCGUGGUUUGUGAUCGUGUACGUCCAGAAAAGCAUUGUAAUUUACCUUUAAAUGUCUCCCGUUAGCCGUUCGACCCAUAUCGAUCCUCAUCGCAUGGCGUCGGAAGUGCUGAGCAGCGGAAAUUUGGUCUUGCCAAAUUAUGUAGGCAUUGUUUUCGUUCAACGUUUGUGCAACUUUGCCAAAGAAUGCAUAAGCUCGAGCUUCAGUAGCCGUUUGUUGAACUCAUUUUCUGCACCAUGUUUUUCCUCACCAUCCCAAAUCUCGAGAUCACCAGCGAGAGUCUUCACAGUGACAUGUCCGUGUAAACGCGUCAUCACAAAGUCCCCAGUUUGCAGGAUGUACACAGAUACAGGUCAGCCUGUAGUGCACUUAUCCUCACCAUAAUGCCUGCUAGAAACAAAACAAGGUACAGACGUUUUCCUGCUUUGCCGUGCUGACGUCGUUUUCAUCAUCCUGACAGCUCUUUCAAAAGAAAAGAAGAAGAUUGUAAUUUGUGACAUAAAUCUGAUUUUAGUGGAAUAAUUUAGCUUCAACUGCCUGUGAAUUGACUCCAAGCUCUGGACACUGAUGGAGUAAAACACUGUUGUACACUGUAAAGCUAAGCUGCCGUUUUAUUACACCUGAUAUUCAAGGUUUUCAUUUCUUUAAGAAUGCACGAUAUUAAAUGUCUGCGCUUGUGUACCAAAAUAAUUUGCAGUUUGUUACCAUUGCCAUAUGAAUGAAUGGUUCAUUUAUUGUUUAUUUUUUUGAAAUGUAGGGGAAAUGUGAGUUUGUCCUACUAAUUGUAAUUUCAUGAGCAUUACAUUAAGAUAUGCUAUAAAAAUGACGUUAAAAACAAAUUACUUUGAAACUAACACAUUUUCACCACGACAAAACUCUGGUAUCUGUAAAAUUCAGCAUUUUCCCGUGCUAUGGUUUUUUCAUGAAAACACGACACAUCAGCAGUCGGUGCCUUGUAGAUUCGCUUUUACCACCAGUUUUCCCUGAAAUGCUGAUGUUAAAAUGAUAUUUACUUGCUGAUCAGGUUGACUAUGAGAUGCAUUUUGAUAUAAGAUAAUAACCUGAAAGAAGAAUUGUGGUUUUUAAAGCAUAUUUCAAAAAUAAUGCCACAUGACAUUAUGCUUCAGCAGCACGGACAGGAAUGCUAGUUAAAAAAAGAAUUUAAAUACGCUCACGUCCUAUACAGCAUAUUUUGAUUUAUUUGAUGGUAUGUUAUUUUUAUUUUAUUCAUUCAGUGUCAUGACAUUACCAUGAAGCUUAGCUGUAAAUGUGUUUGGUCUUGUACUUGUGUACUUUUAGCUAACAUGGUUAGGAGGACAUUGUUUUGCUUUGCCAUAUAAACAUUCUGCUAGCAUUAGCAUUUACCACCAUUCUGUAAAAUACAACGCUGCUGGUCUUCUUAGCUGUAGAGUCUGACUCAAAUAUUCAACAUUUUAAGUCAGUGUGUAAAUAUUACACCAAAAAUAUUACACCAUUGCUCAUUUGCAUUAAAGUCGGGGGGAUAUGACGGUGACAAAACGCUUCCUUUAGCAAUAUUUAACAAUUAAAACAAGUCUGCAGCAACAAAAUAGCAUAUUUAGUCUUCCUUGGUGGUACUAAUGUAAAUUAACUUUGUCAUAUGUAAGCCUUGAUUCCGUAGCCACAUUCACACCACCUUUUUUUAAACAAUUCAAUUGUUUAUUCCAACUUCAGCAGCAAGACUUUUUUCAUUUUUGAAAAGCCAACUAACCCGACUGCCGCCGCCAUUUCUACGUAUUCUCACCGAAUGUGUUUGUAUUGAUUUUGAUGUGUUUCUAUCGUGUGUUUCUCUCCUUUCCAGACACUCAAAUAUCUGGGUUUGUUUCUUUCUACCUUCUUGUGUUUACCUCCAAUGUAAAUGUAGUGUUAUUAGUCUUUUUGUGCACUCAUUUAAUAAAACUACUUUAUACCA